AGCGUGAAUAGGAGAUUUUCAUUCUCGUACCGUUCAGUGUCGGAGAAAAACGUACCUCACGCGCGUUCGUCGGCUCCGUUCAUGUGUGCGCUCAAUCUCAACUAUCAGUGAAAGUCUGUCCAAUCUUUGCUUGUGCGCUUUUCCGUUGCAGGUGUGAAAAAUUCGUUCAGUGUGGCUGUGCAGUGAAAAUACGUGCAAAUAAAGCAAAGCUAGCGAGCUUGCGAGUUUGGUAAUCGAUUUAACUCGAUUCCAGCAUCAGGAAAAAAGCGACGAUAAGCGACUGGUUCUUCAUCCACCGAGUCGACUUGACGAGGAGCGGGUGAAACGUGAGGAAAGCCCAAGCAAACCCCCCAUUCUAUUCCAACCACAAACGCAGAUUUCCCCAAGACCGAGUAUCUUCGCCACCGUCAUCUUUUCCAGAAAGAGCGAAUAACUUGCACUUCACUAAAGGUAGCUAAUAUACAGCAAGCUACCAAUCAUCAAACCUCCGCCCCAGCCUUUAUAACUGCAUCUCAGUAGAGACUCCAUUGCCAUCGUUAUCACCAUCACCAUCAGCCGUAGCCGUCAGAGUACUACUCGGUGCUUAGAAAACUAUCAAACCACCAACGACAAAGCGACCAACCACGACAUUCUUCAUCCGCCAUCUUCAGCAGCUAGUCGGGCAGCGCCCAAGUAACAGCUCGUGCGUUACUAGCAACAUACAAGCGGUCGUUCUCUCGUUGCCACUCUACACCAACACCAAACGAAAACCAAACAAACAACCCACGCCGGAAGUCUCGACUAAGCCGCCACUCGGGUGCGUAGCGUAGUUGUCUUCACUUUCGUUCCGUUCCGUUCAAUAUUAGCGCCAUAUCUGACGCUGGGUGCGGGCGAAUCUGCGCCCCGCCAAAGGAUCCACAAGCCGGCACACUGUCUUUCGCAAGUUUCAAGAGUAGCUUCACCAGCAAUGUUAAUUUCCUGAAGCGCCGUGAUUUCAUUGGCAGAUUCAGCUCGGGAGACCUGUCUUCCGAGUGCGAGGAUGUCGAUCCGAAAGACCUGCCGCCCGCAGCUCGCCCACAGCCCCCGCUUCAGCAGCAACCGAUGCCGGGCGGUCCGCCCAACAUUCCGCCCCCGCCGGCCCCCGGUACGGCCGGGUCCGUGUCGCCGGGCGGGCCGGUACCGCCCGGUUCCGCACCGCCCACCGGUGGCCCGGAGCUGUCGCUAAGCUUUGGCAAGGGGCCGGCCCAGCGCGGUACCAGCGCACCCUCCAGCCCGGCCAAGUCGCGCGAAAGUUUGCUGCAGCGCGUGCAAAGCUUGACCGGUGCGGCCCGGGACCAGGGUGCCUCCAUCAUUGGUGCGGCCGUGUCCACUGCCAGCCGGGUGCAGCCGUUCAAUCGGGACAAGUGCUUCACGCUGCUGGUCGUGGACGAUCAGAACACGGACUGGUCGAAGUACUUCCGCGGCAAGCGGCUGCACAGCGACUACGACAUUCGCGUCGAGCAGGCCGAGUUCCGCGAGAUCAUGCUGACGGCCAGUGCCGACUCGGGACCGAUGGUGGGCUGCAACCGGGCCGGUUCGAAGCAGGUGAAGCCGUUCCGCCCGGACUUUAUUCUGGUGCGCCAGCCACCGCGCGACGGCUCGAAGGACUAUCGUUCGACGCUGCUCGGGUUGAAGUAUGGCGGUGUGCCGAGCAUUAACUCGCUGCACUCACUGUACCAGUUCCAGGACAAACCGUGGGUGUUUGCUCAUCUGCUGCAGCUGCAGCGUCGUCUCGGUCGCGAUGCAUUCCCGCUGGUUGAGCAGACGUUCUUCCCGAACCCGAAGGACAUGUUCACCUGGACCCGGUUCCCUUGCGUGCUGAAGGCGGGCCACUGUCACGGUGGCAAAGCAACCGCCAAGCUAGACAACCCCGGGGCGCUGCAGGAUGCGGCGGGCCUGCUGUGCGGCACCGGACUCUCCGACAACGGCUCCUACUGCAGCCUCGAGCCGUACAUCGACGCUAAGUUUGACGUGCACAUCCAGAAGAUCGGCACCAGCUACAAGGCGUUCAUGAGAAAAUCCAUUUCCGGCAAUUGGAAAACGAACCAGGGCUCGGCCAUGCUCGAGCAGAUCCCGAUGACGGAGAAGUACAAAACCUGGGUCGACGAGGUGUCCGAGCUGUUCGGUGGCAUGGAGGUGUGCGGUGUUGCCGUCAUCGUCUCCAAGGAGGGCAAAGAGUUUAUCAUCAGCGCAGCCGACUCGACGUUCCCGCUCAUGGGCGACACCCAGGAAGAGGAUCGUCGCCAGAUUGCGGAUCUGGUCGUCGGACGCAUGCAGAACGUCUGCCGUCCUUCGAUGAUGACCAAGGCCGUCUCGCGCAGUUCGAUCUCGUCGCGCGGCACUAGCCCGACGGAAGAUGCGCCGCCGGUACCGAUCGGUACGCGCCCGGUCCCGGUUGGUGGCGGACCGCCACCGAUCCCGGAGCGUACUACGCCGGGCGUUGGCUCGAUCGGACGCCACGGUAGCUUCAGCAGCCAGUCCGGCGAACCACCGGAGCAACCGUCCGAGCGGGCACCAACCCUGAACUCGGUGGGACGGCGCGACUCGCAAGCCUCCCAGUCGAGCAGCGUGUCGGGCGUAUCGUCCGCGUCGGCCGCCCGUUCCGGUGUCGGCAAGGUGCCAGCCGCCGGUGCCGGCCCUGGCGGUCCCUCGGUCGUGGAGGACGCGGAGGACACGAUGAAAAACCUGCGCAAAACGUUCGCCGGCAUAUUUGGCGACAUGUAGGAUUUGGCUAAGAAGAAGAAACAGACCCGCGGAGGCAACGACAUCAGCAGCAGCAGCACGGCCGGCAGCGCCACCGGCAGCGUGCUGAGCACGCGCGAAAGCUCGAUCGACAGCGUGCUGGUGCGACCGGUCGCCGAACCGGCCGAGAAGCCACCCGGCGACCGGCCGCCACCGGUCCAUCAGCAGUGCAACGGUGCGCCCGGCCAGCCGUACAUCGGUGCGGCUGGCAGUGGUGGCAGUGCUAUCGCCGCCAGUGCGCCGUCAGUCACCAGCACCACCGCCGGCAGCAUCAGCAGCAGUGUACAUAAAGUCAAUGUUUCUUCUUUGGAUGGUACCAGCGCAUCCACCAGCAUCAGCAUGAGCAGUGGCAGCAGCAACAGCAGCGGCCAAAGCACCUCCGCGGAACCGAAGCGCCCGGCGUACGAUCCGGCGCUCAGCGAGCGCAUCAACCCCUUCGACAAGGAGGCCCGGAUCGCUGGCACGCCCGGGCGCAGCGCCAGUGUGAGCGGCGCGACCGGCCACCCCACUAGCAGUAAGAUCACAACCAACGACGACACCGCUCGUUACACUAUACAGCAAGGUAUCAGGGAACAACCAUCGCUAACCGGGCGCUUCCAGGCACCCGCCGCCACCGCCGGGCUCGGUGCAGCCGUCGUCCCACCGCCGGUCACCCUGCCCGCUACUGGCGCUACAGGCGCAACGACCGCUUCCUCAGCCACCUCCUUCUCCGCCACCUCCUCCUCCUCUGCCUUCUCAUCCUCCACCGUUUCGUCGUUCUCCGCGUCGGGCUCGUCCGGCUACUCGAGCGUCACCAGCGGCGGCCUGCCGACGGCCUCGGCCCCGGUUUCGGCCGCUGCCGGCGCCUCCGCCACCGUACCGACCAGCGAGCAGCGGAAGCAAGAGUUUGGCCGCACCAAGCGUGCGUCGUCCGACGCGGAAAUCAUCUUCGGCGACCGUGGGCCCGACUUUUUCGCCAAGCGCUACGAGCGAGCCGGCGGAGAGUUCCGCCAGCGCACCGAGUCGCUCACGGAUGCGGAGCUCAUCUUCGGCACGAGCGCGGUGACGGGGCCGGCGGCCCCCACCCCACCCAACAGUGCGGCUCCGUUUUCGCCCGCCGCAAGCAGCACCGGAUCGGCGGCGGGACGGUACGGCACGUACGGCAGCCGGGACAGUGCCAGCUUCAGCAGCACCACCACCUCCGACACGGAGUUUGCGUACGGCCGGAAGGACCCGAGCAUGCUGACCAAGAGCAUGUCCGUCGCGUCCGAUCGUUCGACAAUUCCGGGCCGGCCCUGGGCCCGCCCCGCAGUGCACGAGGACGAGGAAGAGCUGGAUUUAAAGUAAAUGCGCGGGACGUUUGUCCCGUGGCGGCCCGUUCCUGUUUCUGUUUCGCCUCCCCUUUGAUGUUCUUGUUCCGCUCGGCGGCUUUCCCCUUCCUGUUGUGUGCCGGGGUACCCACAUAACCCGUUCGCCCGUUCGCUGUCUCGCGGGGGGGAAUGGCAAUGUUAUCUGAUAAGCUUUUAAAUGUAAUACCGAUAACCAGACACACAGUCACACACAGGAUACAUACCCGAGUACACAAACACACACAGCGACACGACACAUGCAGAUGGGGGUCUCUUCCGGGCACUGCGCCGGGCGCGAGAGAUCUGCCAAAUUUGCCUCUGACGUUUCCUGGUUUCAAACAGGCCGAACGAAGAAUUGCGAACGGACAAACCGACAGGGGACCGUCGAUGGGAAUGCCAACGUGAAGGGUAUUUCGGUACCAUCGGUUGGAAAGCAUUGGACAGUACAGCACAGGACCGAAAGAAAGGGGUAAAACAACUGUAAAUUAUAAGCGAUAUUCACAUAACUUCUAAAAAAAAUUCUGGCUCAGCCACAGAAUGCCGAAAGCCCUUACGGUGGCCACUUAUCGAGCAGCUUGUUGCAAACUGAGGUGAAUCAGUUUUGCGCACAAACAGAUCCGAAAGAGGUAUUCCGAAGGCAAAACAAAGUAAGCAUUGAGCGAGCCACAGGACGAGGAGGCAGUUUUCGUUUGUCCUUUUUCCUCGCCUACUAGUGGGUACCAUUAUAUUCUCCUAAAAAACAAAUAAUGUUCCAUUGAAGGAUUCACAAUGAGAAUGAUGAAAAUGAUCGAUCAACAUUACCGACACAAGUACGAGUGCUCCGUGGUGGAAUGUUAAGCUAAGUGCUGCAAGCAAUCGAUGUACGAUCGGUGAAGACAAGCCACUGUGUUUGCUAUACCUAAAUGUCCUAUGCAUAUCAUUGUGUCACCCCCUUUUGCUUGGUAAUCCAUUCAAACGCUAUGUGUGCUUGUUUGUGGCGCGUUGAUUUGCCGCACUUCUGAAAUUACCUUACUACGACUGAUUAGACGUACUGGUUUUUUUGUUUUUAUUUGCCAGCCGGAAGGAGCACCCUCUAGAGCACGACACGAGCGAUCCGGCACAGUUGCCGUCUCCGUUGCACCACUAGCAAAACAGUUACAUUUAGACGUUCGAAAUGGUCGUUAGCUGGCACCAUUGCGCGCACACGGUAGAAAUGCUCCCUUCCGGCUCGCCUAGCUAGUUCUACACCGAUGCGCAAGCACAGUUGCGUU